AUGAUGGCACUCCUUGUCUCUGGGUUCUUCCUCCUCCUGCUAACCUACAAACAGGUUGUGAGUCUACGGGUCCAACUGGGAAUCUACCAGGACUCUUUCGAUGACCAAUAUGUUGGAUGUGUGGAUAGAAUGGAAUCCCUGGCACCAGAUAUACUCAAAGAAGAAAGACAGAUAAACAAGGCGCUGGAUGUGGCUUGGUUGGACGCCUCUGAAACAUGGCCAAUCAGAAAGACAUUGAUAAAAUCUCUUCCAGCUGGAUUCAAAGAAGAGUACGGGAUUGCCUUGUUAGUCUACAGCAAUAUGACCCUACCGGUGUACAAACAGUUAAAUCGGGCAGUAAGGGAAUAUGGCACCAAUUCAUCAUCUUUUUCAUUCCACUCCUUACAUUUUUACCUCACCAGAGCCCUGGCGUUGCUCCGUGAUGGGUGUGCAGGGCAGCCAUGGCUCACAUACCGGGGAUCGAGCAAGAUCAUGUUUGAACCCCCUUCCAACCUCAGUGACCCUGUCAGACUCGGCCAAUUCACCUCUUCAUCUACCGACAUCAAAGAGGCGCAACAAUUCGGCAACGCAUCCUUCUUCAACAUCACCACAUGCUUUGGGGCCGCCAUAGAGAAAUUCUCCUACUUCCCGUCCCAGAAGGAAGUUCUGAUCCCGGUGGAUGAGGUCUUCCAUGUUGUGCGCUACAUCGAGAAGGGCAACAAGUUUGUAUUGCAGUCGUCCAGCAGGAGAUGCAGCUUCUACAAUUGUGCCUAUCUGGGAGGCAUUAAGCGGCAGCACUGCACGUACAAUUCAGCCGCAGCAACACUAAAGAACAGUAUUGAGGUGACAGCGUCUCUGCUGGUUGUAUUUUGCAUUGUCCUCACAUCAUUUGUGAAUGGCCUUGUUAGCUGA